AUGAUUUCACUCGUAUUAACUUUUUGUGCCUUAUUAUUUUUAGUCAUUUAUUUUAUUGGUAAAAACAACGAAGUCUAUUGGAAUAAACGAAAUGUGGCUUUUUAUACGAAAAAUAAAGUAACAGGAAUUAUGUGGGAUUUCUUAACGAAAGACACUCCACUUUUCAAAACUGUAUGUGAAGUAUAUAAACAGUAUCGGAACGAACCUGCUGUUGGUAUAGGAUCGUUUUUAACACCGUCCUUGUAUGUGAUCGAUUUAAAUAAUGUUCAACAUAUAUUAGCAUCAGACUUUCACUCCUUUCACUACAGAGGAUUGGAUACCAACAAAAACGACCUUCUUGCAGAUAAUGUUUUGUUUAUGAAAGGAAAUAGGUGGAAACUAAUGCGACAAAAUAUGACACCGCUGUUUACGCCUACAAAAUUAAAAGCCAUGUUCUAUAUUGUAGAUAAAAGUGCUAGGGAUUUCGUUAUUCAUCUGGAAAACAAUCCAAUACUUCUUAAAGGUAACGCUUUUAAUACAAUAUCCUCAUUUUGUAGCGCUGCUAUAAGUGCUGCUGUAUUUGGUGUGACUGCGAAAUCAAUUUUCGAUUCGCCUUUUCUUAUGGUUGCCAAAAAAUCUUUUAAUUCCACAUUUAUUAAAGACCUUAAAUUUGUGAUAGGUAUUUUUAGUAAUGGCUUAUUCAAACUUCUAGGAUUUACUAUGUUUCAUGACCAUGAAAAGUUUUUCAUUAAUACAAUAAAACAGGUAUUAAGAGAACGUAAAAGCUCUAAUGUAAAAAAACACGAUUUUGUUGAUUUGUGUGUUAAUAUACAAAACUCUGGGGACCUAUUAGAUAAAGAAACAGGAUACAAAAUCACCCCAACUGAUGAAAUUUUGGCUGCUCAAGCUUUUUUCUUCUUUGUUGGUGGAGUUGAACCAACAACAUCAGCUAUAUUUACAACUCUCGUGGAACUUGGAAAAAAUCCUAAGAUUUUGGAGCGACUCCAAAAUGAAAUUGACGAGACAUUUAGAAAAAACAAUAAUGAACUGUCUUAUGAAUUAGUAAUGAAUAUGAUUUAUCUUGAUAUGGUGUUAUGUGAGGCUUUAAGAAUGCAUCCACCAAUAGCUUUUUUGAUGAGACGUUGUGUACGAGACAGUGUUCUUCCUGUAGGUAAUAUUAAAAUCGAGAACGGUACGAAGAUAUUUAUUCCACUCUAUGAGAGGCAUCAUGAUGAAAAACAUUUCCCGGAACCAGAACUAUUUAAUCCUGAAAGAUUUUCCCCAGAAAAUAGACAUAAAAUAAAUGAUUUGACUUAUACACCAUUUGGCAAGGGUAAUAGGCAAUGUAUUGGAACAAGGUUUGCUUUGUUACAAACUAAAACAGGAUUAAUUCAUUUGCUGCAUAACUUCUCAGUCAAAACUCGUAUAAAAGACGGUGGAAUAAAACACCGCCGUGAGCAACUUCAAGUAAGAUUGGAUAAUGUCGAUCUGGAAUUUAUCUCAAGAGCUAAAAAGAUAUAA